CACGAUCGUCCACCUUGUUAUAAAAUACAAAAGUUGUAACAAUAAAAUAUUUGGAUUUGCACUAUAAAUAUACCCAAAGAGGUGUUAGGUUUAUAUAAUCAUAGCCGAAAUACCAAAACGAGAAUCAGAGAUAAUAGUUUUUAUAUCUUGCACGAAACUGCAUGUUUUCGUAGACAUGGCAAUCUUCCGAAGUACACUGCUUUUAUUGCUUAUCCUCUUCUGUCACAUCACUUAUGAGCUUCAUGUUCACGCUGCUGAAGGUGCACAAGUCGGUGAAGGCGUAGUGAAAAUUGAUUGUGAUGGAAGAUGCAAAGGUAGAUGCAGCAAGUCGUCGAGGCCGAAUCUGUGUUUGAGAGCAUGCAACAGCUGUUGUUCCCGCUGCAACUGUGUGCCACCAGGCACAGCCGGAAACCACCACCUCUGCCCUUGCUAUGCCUCCAUUACCACUCGUGGUGGUCGCCUCAAGUGCCCUUAAUUUAUACGUAUCACCGCAGCUAUAGUACUGUUAUAUAGUUUGAAGGAUAAAAUGUAUAAGAAAUAACUUAAGUUAAUGGUUCCUGAAAA